UGAGCCACCUUAGAAUUCAAAACACAACCAUACAAAACUACAAAUUUUGGUAAAGCUUAGCUCCCACAAUGAGCCUCCUUAAAAGCCUCUUAGUUUUCUCCAUCCUAUGUGCCAUUCUCUUCUUUGCAUCAACCAAUGCAGCUCGAUUUGACAUCCAAAACAACUGUGCCUACACUGUAUGGGCAGCUGCUGUGCCAGGCGGUGGCCGCCAGCUCGGCAAAGGCCAAUCCUGGGCCUUAGAUGUGAGUGCUGGUACCAAAGGGGCUCGCAUUUGGGGCCGGACGGGAUGCAACUUCGAUGGAGCAGGACGUGGCAAAUGCCAAACGGGUGAUUGUGGGGGUGUCCUCCAAUGCCAAGGCUAUGGUCAACCACCAAACACCCUAGCUGAAUAUGCCCUUAAUCAAUUUAACAACUUGGAUUUCAUUGACAUCUCUCUUGUUGAUGGGUUUAAUGUACCUAUGGAAUUUAGUCCCACGUCUGGUGGGUGCACUAGGAGGAUUAGGUGCACGGCUGAUAUUAACGGGCAGUGCCCUAACCAACUGAGGGCUCCAGGAGGCUGCAACAACCCUUGCACUGUGUUCAAGACUGAUCAAUAUUGUUGCAAUUCUGGAAAUUGUGGCCCUACAGACUUUUCUAAGUUUUUUAAGAGUCGGUGCCCGGAUGCUUAUAGUUAUCCUAAGGAUGACCCAACCAGUCUAUUUACAUGUCCUGGUGGAGCUAACUACAAGGUUGUCUUCUGCCCAUGAUUGAAGCAUAUAUGUGCUUCCUUGCUACAAGGCAUAUAUAUCUGCUAGUGUUUACAAUAAGACAUACGAUGCAAUAAGGUCGUGGUACAUCAGUUGACCAAGUUAUCAGUUUAUUUCAGUUCUUAUUUUCUUCUUGUUUGAUCAGCUACCGGAUAUCAUCAGGGCUGUUUUGUAUUGUAUUGCUUGAUCAUCGAUAAAAAGCUAUAGUUUUAAUUUUAAAAAUCACGUCUUUGGCAGCACAUAUAAUGGUGUGCAUUAUGUAACAAAGUACUUGUAACAAGUUAAUAAUUAACCAUCCAAGCAACUAUAGCUUCACAAUUUCCCUAA